AUGGCUGUUAGUCAACAAUAUUUCGCUGAUCUGUCUCAAAGAUACUUUAGCUUUGAUGUGAAUUCUUUAAAUGCUGAGCAACGAUCGGCAUUGGAGAGGAUAUAUGCUCUUAUCAAAGACUGUAUACCCACUACUGCCACAGUCACUGCUAAUCAUACACCCGCUACUGCCAUAGUCACUGCUAAUCAUACACCCGCUACUGCCAUAGUCACUGCUAAUCAUACACCCGCUAUUGCCACAGUCACUGAUAAUUAUACACUCAUAAUGGCCAUUGCUGCUGUUGUGGUUGUCGUACUGGUAUUGGCUAUACUAGCUAUCGUUCUAAUUGCUAAUCAUAACUCACAUAGAGGAUCUUAUACACUCAGACAUGCAUCCGACGAAUUAGUCAUAGACACCACAUACCCAAAUCAAGGCGACUCCUCGCACAUAACCACGCAUGGUUUAGUAGAUUCAAAACUUACGAGGCCCAAUUCCGAUGGCCGUGUUAGCACAGUGCCAGAUAUAUCCCAUGGUUUAUCUACUGGGCAUGUCGAGCAUAGUGAUCCAGACAAGGUGGAGAUCCACGAUAACUUUGACAUCCCAAGACCAACUGUGUCCCUUUCGAGCAUUCAAAGCCCUCGAACGUACACAAGCGAACCAAUUCCCGGACCCGCUGCCCCCACAGAAAACCUGGCCGGUUCCCAUUCAAGCCAACCAUUUGGUUCUCAUGAGUCUUUAGGUUUAGAAAGAUCUACUUUACAUUCCAGUGUUGAUAGCCACCGUGUUUGGCCCGCUGGCCGCCUACGAUCAGCUUCGGUUGGUGGUUCCCUAUCAGAGCACACGUCGUCCGACCCCUGGCAGCUUAGAAAAGAAGCAGGUAAACCACAACGGGAUAAUGAACCUAGUGUUAGUCCGAGCCCCGAGCUAAAAAGACCCGAGGAAUUGACUGGUUCCACUGGGUCUUCCGAGCCAUAUUUUUCAAGGGGCUCAAGAGGCUCCCAGGACACCAUUAUUGAAAAACCUCUCAAUUCAUCACGGGAUUCAAAACUCAGCCUAGAUCUAUCAUCUACAAGCCAACCUAGUGACCCAAGCAGCUUGGUUGUGACCCAACAUUCGGAAACCCCCUCAGAACAGGCUGGACCUAAAGAUGACGUCACAAAAUCUACUGCCGAUCGCAGCUUAUCAACCCAGGAAUCAACUGGUGCCCCAGAACAACAGGCUACUUUGACUAAAUACAGUACUAAGAAAACAUAUCCCAAAGUAGAUGUUAGCCAACGAGCGCCUCUGGUAGAGUUUGAUGGGGAUGGUGAUAUCCAACUGGUUAGUCAUCAGGAACAGACAGACAGUUCAGAGUCAAUGAGCGGAGAUAAGACUACUUCUACAGGGGGUUUAAAAAGACCUGGUGAAUCAUCAAGCAGUCGCGGCUUUGCACCAUAA